CGCGCUGCUCGCGCGUUGAAAGUGCCUCUCCCUAUAUAGCUAAAGCCGAACAAUGCAAGCGAAGGUUGGUUAGUUUUGAGCCAAAUAGUAUUCCAGAGCUAUGCACGGACGAACGUGUUCGGAGGCAGUUUUCGUCGCUCUCCUGACCCUCUCAGUAGUGUGUACCACCGGCGGAUCUGCGCUGAAUAUCACUGCGAACGAGACAGGACCGUGUGAAAUUCAGACGCGUGGUGAGAGCGAGCACAAUGUUACACGAUUGCAGAUGCUCCGGGAAGAAGAAGAGUCUGAGUACGGCUCGACCGGGAUGUUUAUUAUCCAGGAACCCGUUGAUUUCGGCUUGACAAUAGUUGAAGUCAAUGCCAGCGGGUACUGUACAGUUAAUGAAAGAACUGAACAGCCCUUCCAUCUACUUCUUGCAAUUUACGAGGGUCAGAGAAGGGUCGAAGUUAAAGAAGUAUCGGCAGAGUGUGACAGUUCUACCAAUGAUACAGAGACAAUUCUUUGUCGUGUGCAGUUGGAUACAAAUAUAUCUGUUCCGGCCAACAGCUCCAUUGGUAUACUCUUCAAUCCUAGAUGCAGUACAUCAUCAGGGGGAAAAAACAGAUGCUCAUGCAGACCAGCAACACUAGACACUGGCACAGAGCAGUAUACCUAUAGUAACAUUAGCAGCAUGAAAGGCAGUACAUCAUUGGAUAACUUUGACUUCGUCGGAAAUGUUGGCCUCCAAAUCUCAUUCACUGUUAUGACAGACGGAUGUUCAACCGAGAGCCCUGGGUCCGAUUCUCAAUCCAAUGAUGACAACGUUACACUCCUUGCAGCAAUCAUAGCUGGACUCUCUGCAGUGAUCCUCUUCCUCCUCGUCGCCAUUUCUGCCGCGUUCCUACACAAGUUCUACAGAUCAAGGAAGAAAAAGCAAACCAGUCUAGUAGGGCACAGCGCUACAAAGCAUAAACAGCAGCUGGCGAAUAAGGUGUAUUUCUUAGAGUCAGGUGAUGUGGACCAAGACUCUGUUUCAACACUAAUAAAACAAAAGGAACCCAAGGAUUUGUUGACCUAUGACUAUGCCCGUGAGGAGCAGAGUGGCUUUCCACUGCCAGACGGACACUAUGAGUUUGAUACUAGGAGUGGGGACAUGCCGUUCUGGGAGCCAGCCGGUGUUGAGGAUGACCUCAAGAGCCAGCUCCAGGACCUCAGUCUGUCACAGGACACCCUCUCUCUUUCCAGUGAGCUGGGUAGUGGUGAGUUUGGUGUGGUGAGGAGGGGAGUGUGGAGUGUGGGGGGAGAGGAGAGGGAGGUGGCUGUCAAGUCACUGGCAGAUGGCUCCACAGAGGAGAAACGUAUUCAGUUCCUGCAGGAGGCAGCCAUCAUGGGCCAGUUCAAACAUCCCAAUGUCAUCUCUCUCCAUGGGGUUCUCCUACACCGUGACCCAAUGAUGAUAGUAUUGGAGAUGAUGCACAUUGGUGAUCUUCGGGAGUACUUACACUCACUAAAGCCUUCGGACACAUCAGAGUCACUGCCAGCUCACACACCUGCACUGCUCAUGAGUUUCUGUCGCCACAUAGCCUCAGGGAUGGCCUACCUCUCAGGGAAAGGUUUCGUCCACAGAGACCUGGCUGCCAGAAAUAUCCUCGUGUCUAAAGAUGAAGUCUGCAAAGUAAAUAAACGGACUUACUUGUAUAAUACUUAAGUAAGUAACUGUUGCUUGUUAAAUUUAAGAUUGGUGACUUUGGCAUGUCUCGAGCUCUGAAAGACACUGACUACUAUGUCUCUCGUGGAGGGAAAAUCCCUGUGAAAUGGUCGGCUCCAGAGGCUCUCCACUACAAGAAGUACUCGACUGCCAGUGACGUGUGGAGCUUUGGAGUUGUCCUCUACGAGAUAUGGACAAUGGGCAUUAAGCCAUAUCGUACUAUAUCAAACAAAGAGGUGUACGAUAAGAUCCAGUCAGGAUAUCGUCUCCCUCCCCCACCUGGAUGUCCUAGAGCUGUCUAUCAGACCAUGAUCAACUGCUGGAGCACUGAGCCCGAGUCAAGACCGACCUUCCCUGAGGUUCAAGUGGAGCUCCAGCGUCCAGACUUCAAGUUGCUGACAUGGACGGCAGAGGAUGUGGCUGCCUACACUGAAGAGGCCAGAACACUGGGAGGUCCCCUGGAGGCUGCAGAGGAACUCUACACUGACAUUCAGAAAACAUAUAUUUGACCAGCACUAUACACACACAUACACCUUUCAUGACCAUUAGCAUUGUGUGUUUUUUUAAUGCAAAAUCUUCUAUAUAGGCAUAAUAAGGACUCAGUUUAAAGCAUGCAUCAAAGAGAGCAUAAUUGGGUUACCAUUAAUACUGAAAAAGCACUAUAUUAUACCAACUCACAAAUAGUUAUUACGUUUUAAAGGGGUGUGGGGGAGAUGACACAU